AUGGAAAAUAUAAAACAAUUGAUGACGAAUGUUGACUCUUAUAUGAGUAAACUAGUGGAGGCAGUGGAACUGAUUGAAACUGGUGGUUCCAAUCAUCCAGAAGACAGCGUAAAGGCAGUUCUUGGUCGUCACACGAAGAUUCUCGUCAAAUACAUGAUCAAAUUAGAAACAAAGAGUGAUAAGACAGAGAAUCGUGUACUUGUUUUUACACCCGUUCGUGUUUACCUUCUGACAGCAAAAGUGCCAACUCGAAUCGAUUGCAGUUUUCACUAUCUCGAUAUUCUUGCGAUUGAAAGUAAAAAGCCAACACAUUUCUCAAUCGCUACAACCGAUAAAACAUAUUCGUUCUCAACGAUUGGUGAUGCUGGAAAUUUCAGUUCAAAUGCCGAUGUCAUUCUCACAGAUUUAUCGUCAGCUAUUAAACAAAUCUUCCCGACAGUUCCACUUAAAUACAUUAUAAGAAAAAUUGAAGUUCAACCAAUCGAGCGAAUCGCAAUAUUCUCCGAUGAAUUACGACCGGCAGAUCCAAGGAAUGUUGGACCAUGUGGUGGCUUCAGUGCACAAUACAGAUGCAUGUGUGACUUCCACAAUGUUCCCUAUCGUGAAGAAGUUGCAUGGGACAUUGACACAAUUUAUUUAUCACAUGACAAUCGUGUUUUAAAUUUAAGAGACUUUGAUCAUCUCGAACCAAAAGAUCUUAUGGCGAUUGUUUCAGCACUUGAAUAUAACACAUUUUUCCGUGGCUUGAAAGUGUCACACACGCGAUUGUCCAAUGACACGCUUGAAAGGAUUUUGCAUGUCAUGAAGCGCAGUAUGUGGCUAGAAGAGCUUCAUCUAGAAGGUUUGGGUCUAAAGGCAGACUUCAUUCACAAAUUAGCUGUAUCUGUGAUCUCAAACAACAAUCCGGCAUUAAAAACAAUCGAUUUAAAUCACAACCUGAUUGAAGACAAAGGCGCACUUCAUCUGGCUGGACCAAUAGCAAAAAUCUCAAAAGGUUUAUGCAAGCUUUGUCUUGCUUAUUGUGGACUAACAUCGAAAGGCGUUAAUCAAAUCUCACAUUCCUUGUCACUUAAUCAAAGUAUUUCAAGUUCGCUUACACAUUUAGAUUUAAGUGGAAAUAAUUUGAAAGAUGAUGUCACAAACUUGAACAACUUUCUUGCUCAACCAAAUGCUUUAGAAUUUUUAGAUAUUUCUAGCACUGAUACGACGCUGGAGAGUUUAUUCGGCGCACUUCUCAGAGGUUGCUCAACACAUCUGGCACAUUUAAAUGUAGCACAUAAUUCAUUUGGCACUAAGAAAGGCAAAGAAAUCCCUCCAUCAUUUAAACAAUUCUUCACGAGCAGCUUAAGCUUAAAACAUUUAAACAUUGCAAGUUGUAAGAUUCCGUUGGAAGCUUUGAAGCAUCUUCUGUUAGGCUUGGCUUGUAAUGAAUCAACUGCUGGCUUACAUUUGGAUUUGAAUGGGAAUCAAUUGGGACAACAAGGUGCGCAUGUUUUAGAGUCGUGCAUCCAUGGUGUUCGCGUUCUUCAGAGUCUUGACAUUGGUGAUAACAAUCUUGACUCAGAAAUGGCUUCAGUGUUAACAGCAAUUGGAAAGAAUUCAUCGAUUCGAACACUUUAUUUAAUUAAAUGCUUUCAAGGAAUGAAACUUAAACACAUAAGCACCGUGAUGGAUGCUCUUGUUAAUCUUAUUCAAAAAGAUGAUUUCAUGUUGGCAGAACUUUACAUUUCUGAGAACAAACUUAAAACGGACAUUCAUAAUUUUAUUAAUGCUUUAGGCAGCAAUCAACAUUUACAAGUUCUCGAUAUAAGUGGAAAUCUUAUGGGUGACAUUGGAGCAAGAUUAUUAGCGAAAGCAUUGCAAAUCAACAACAAAUUGAAGACAAUCAUAAUGGAUCGUAAUGCGAUAACACUUCAAGGAUAUUCUGACAUCGUUUACGCUUUAGAAAACAAUUACUCAUUAAGACACAUUCCAUUUCCUCUAUUUGAUAUUACGCCUAGUUUAAAGAAUCAUCCGGAAAGAACUGAUACGAUAAUGAGAAAGAUGCAAGAAUUUUUACAUCGAAAUGGAUCGGGAAUUAAGCGGCAAGCGGGGCAAGGCUUUAGACUUCAGCAAGGUUUUCUGUUAUCAGCAACACAUCAAUUAGUUGACAAAUUAGUGUCAGAAACACAGGAAACCAUUUCGAUUCAAACAUCCGAAAAUUCCGGUGUUCAAAGACUUUUAGAAGAUGCUGAGAAUUGUAAACAACUUUUACCAAAACUUCAAGACGCUGUUCGAUGUGAUCCACAUCCAAUAGAGAUGCGAUUAGGAAAGAUGACAAAUGAGCUGUCACACAGUGUCAAAGUUUAUCUUUCGGAGACGAUGGAAACGAUGUUGAAAACUGGUGUCGAACAAUGUCCAAAGACACUUGGAAAUCAAACAGUGAUCAGUGACUUGAGGAAGACAUGUGAAGAGCGUUUAAUUAUUUCUGAUGAUUUUCUUCAAGCUUGUAUUGUUAAUUGUGCUGGAGGUGAAGUUAUGAACAAGAUAAGUGAGGUUGAACAGUCGUUGGCUGGUUUGAUAAGCGAUCGUGCAACAGACGAAGUCUUAGAAGCAUUAACAAGAUACAAACGUGGUAUGGGAAUUCCAGAUUCGCCAAACACAACAUUAAAUGAUUCAUUGCCACCAGACAUUGUGAGAAGUCGAUCGAGUCAUGAUUCAAUGAGCGAUCAUCAUCAUGUGGAUCUUUCACGUCACGGCAUUGGAUCACCAACGGAAAUUGUCUACUUUUCAAAUCAGGCCGUUCCACAUUUCAAGUCAAAGCGACAAGCAAUUGCAAAAAUUCGCCCACAAAGUGUCGUCGGCUUGGGUGUUGAUAAUCUCAGUUUAAGUCAUAUUCCCGACCUUCUUGAGUCACCAAAUAUUUCUAAUCGCGGAUCCAAAAAUGCAACAGCAGAAGAUGAAAAUUGUGAUUCAAUCACUGAAUUACCAAGCACAUCACUUACGCUUCAACAUUUAGUCAAAAGUCGACCGAAGAGAGCGAAAGUUAGGGCACCAACGAGGCCGUUGUUGACAGAACUUUCAAAUAGUUUGGGAGAAGGAUUGGAAACAUUCUUCACAAAACCAGACUCAGAAACGACAUUAACACCUCUUGUCUCACCAACAUCUGAAGAAUGUAGUUCGCUAAGCUUCGUUGAUAGUCCAACGAUUAGUCGUGAAGAAAACAUCGGAGGAAAGAAGUCAACAAUGACUUCAGGUGAAACAACUCCAAUCAUGGAAGAGAGAAAAGCAAAACUUGAACGACAAUCGCCACUUCUUAAAGGAGUUGCAAAUUGGACUCCACGAUCUCUUUCGUCUGACAAUCUCGAAAAACAUUCACCAUCUGUCAGUCGGAAAUCACCUUUGGUUAAAACAAAGACACAAGAUCGUGAUCAACAUGUAAAGUUCGACGAAUCGUCAUCGAUUAUUCACAACAAUUUAAAUCCUGUGAACAAUCGUGAUUCAGGAAAGAAGUCACCAAGUAACGAAUCUAUCAAAGCUAUUUACGAGAAACAACUUCAUGGAAAUGGAAUUAAAACACCAACAAUGAUUCAAAAGCCUCGACCAUGGUCAGUUCUAGGACAUGAGUCGAAGAAUGAAUACAACAACGAUUCAUCAAAAACAACACCGGAUGCACUUGAUAAUGAUCAAGACAUGGUGACAAUAAAUCCAGGCGUUGCUUUAGGUGGUGCUAUCCUUGGUAUAACUCCUGGUGCUGCUCUCGAAAAGAAAUCAGUUCGUGAUCUUGCAGCUAACUUUGCAGCGAAUAAAAUUGUUUUGGAACCAAAGCCUCGACCUAGUAGUCAAAGUCAUGUCAGUAAACUUAGUGGUGACUCGAUAUCUUUGCUAAGCGAGAAUCGAUUGUCCGGUAGUAGCUCUAGCUCGGAGCAUGAAAAUGGCAGUGCCAGUAAUUCAAACGGUAAACCGGAAAUUGCGGUCCGACGAAUUGCAGGCAAAAAGAUUUCUGCUUUAUUUGAGGAGAGACUAGUUGAAGGACUCAAGACAUCUACGCACAGAACAACAACUGCCUAUAGAGAGUCAUCAUAUUUAUCGAAAGACGAUUCUGUAGAUGUUUAAAACUUUAUUUUAAGUUCACUUUACAAAACAAAAGCCUCUACUUAGUUUAAGGUAUUUUAUUAAAGUUUUUAAGCGUUUUGAAUGAGAUUGUUUUACGAAACAGAACAAAAGAAGUCAAGAAAACUUUUGCAAGUAUUUUUUUUUAAUUGAACUAUUUUCAAUGCAAAUUUUUGAUCGAGAAUAAAUUUUGAAAAUUCUUCCCAAAUAUUUUCUAUGACUGCCGAAUUUUGCUUCCACCAAAAAUUAAGAAAGUUGAAAAAUUAAAAUUAAUCUUUACUCAAGUAAAAGGUUUUGAAAAUAAAAUUGGUCAAAAAAGUAACACGAGAAAAUAAUUAAUUCUGAGCUUGAUGAAGAAUUCUAAGAAAGUUUGUAAUCGAUAGUCUUCAUAAUUUAUUUAAGAAGAAUGUUUUGAACGAAAACAUGAAAAGAGUCACGAACAGUAAAUUCGAAUGAUCAAAAAAUUAUUCAAAUAAUCGAUAUGAAUAAUCACACACACUGACUUUGUAGACUGUUAACUAUUUAUUCUUCUUAGGGAUGGUUAAUGUAAGUGUCACUUAUCCCAUUAUUGGGAUAGGCACGACAUUAGAGUUGUAAGUGGUCGGGUGUGCAACAUAACGAUGAUUAAGUGGACAUUAGGUUCGGUUGCUUAACAGCAUCUGUCGUCAACUGACAAACCCAACUCUAAGUAUGAAAUCCUAAAUAAAAAGGAAAUUCAAUUUAAAGGAAUGAAAUGAACAAGUAAACAUUCUCAACGUGCUUUCUCGGUUUGUUAUUUUAGGAUUUCAUUACUUAUCACCCACGACUUCUAACUUAGUAGAUAACUAAUCAAAAAGGAAAACAUUUGCGAAUAUUUUAGAUGAACAAAAACGUGCCAAUAAUGUAAUCGAUUUCAAAAUUAUUUUCUAUUAAAUUUCUAAGUUAUCCGUUCGUGCAUUCAUUCUAGCGAAAUUCUAGCUAAUUUUUUUUUGUUUUUUGUUUCUUUCUGAUCAACACAUUCCGUUUCUUUAGCAACAAGGAUUGUAUCUUAAAGUUUCGUUAUUUAGACAAAUUUGACAAGCUUUAAUUUACAUAUGAAGCAUUGAAUAACUUUAAAUAACAAAUUGUGUUGAUUAUUUCUCUGUUUGUUUAAUUUUUUCUGUGAUUCAUUUCUUGUCCCUUUAAUGAAACUUUAAUCUUAACAAAAUAAUACGAAAAAAAAUAAUAAAUAAAUCAGAAAAUAUUCUUGUAAAGUUCAUUGAUUAAACAACAAAGAAUGUAGCGUUUUCGAAUUGAUAACAGUUUGUAGUAACUUUAAGAGUUCAUAAAAAAAUCAAUAAACGAUAUUAAUCAGAAAUCAAUAA